CCUAGAAACUUAAAUGCCCAGAAUAAAUAAAAACUAGAUCUUUACCGAUCUGUUCCUUUUUAUUUUCUUUCAUAAUAUAAAAGAAAAAAAGAAAAGACAAGAAAAACCUAGUUGCAACUGGGCACGUAGUAAUACAACCAAAACUUGAGAAGUUGAGAGUAGAUGGAAAAGAGUACGAUGACACCUAUUCUUGUGUUUUCAUCGAGAAAAUUAUUAAACAUAAUGCUCUACUCCCACAGCCGCUUGAACAACAAGGCUUUCGCACAGUGGGAGAGGCAAUUGGGUGCUACGUUGCUUGGCCAAGGGCAUAUAUAGUGUUAGAAAAAUCUAAUCAAGAAACGGUGAGACUAGCAAAAAAGGCACGCACAGAUAACCCUCUAGGUCCACCGACUCAAGAUCUUAAACAUCCUUUGAGGCCAUCAAAACUCUCAGUGACUCGUUACCCUAAGCCUGGUCUUACAACAACACUAAAAAAGCUUAAAACAAUGGUAAUGGGAUGGCCAGACAUGUAUGUACCACAAAUUAAAAUUGCAGAUGAUGUGUUCGGAGUUGAAAAUGAUAGUACUUGGAUAAUGAAGGAGGACAUCCUUGGUUUUUGCGACCUGGAUAAGAUUGGGGCUACAGUUAUGUCUCUCUGGUGCAGCUAUUUGCAGACCCGGUUUCUCAAUCAUUCUGGAUUAAAUAAGGUUUAUGCAUUUCUUAACCCAUCUUGGGUAGGCAACAAAGCUGGGUCAUAUGCAAAACGUGUGACCAAUUUAUCUCAACGGUUGAGCGACAUAGACCCUGGUCAGUUUCUAGUUAGUCCGUGGAUUGAUAGCAAGCACUGGAUGGUUAUUCUUAUCCAGCCGUCCUCACAGAGGGUGGCAUUUUUGGAUCCACUCAAUGGUCUAAUGCCUGGAGACAUCGAGAAAGUUGUCAAAGAAGCAUUGAUGAAAUACAACCUUCAGAAUAGUAAAAAGGCAAAUAGUAGACCGAAUAUCACUUACCACAAGUGUCGGCUUCAGCCCGAUAUUGUUCAAUGUGAAUAUUAUUGCAUGAAGUUUAUUCAAGAGCUCAUGAUUGUGCCAAAUCCAACACGUCACUUGGCCACUAAGGUAUAUACAAUUAUUUAGUAACUUGUUAUUUUAAGCACUUUUUAUUAAUUUAUAAUUAACUUAUAGAAUUCUUCUCUUUCUUUUAUAGUAUUACAUUGAUACCCCGUACACACCUGACGAAAUCAAUAUACUUCGGGAUGAAUGGGCUGAAUUCCUUCAGUUUGAGCUCACUAAACCAACGCAACAUUGAAGCUUUGGAACUUUUUUGUGUAGGACAUACUUUUGUUAUUGUAAUUAGUUAGUAUAAACAUAGUACUUUGUUAUACUAACUGAUUUAAGUAUAAGUACUUUGUGAAGUUAAAAUUUUUAUGGUAUAAGUAUUUUAUUAUUUAA